AUGGCCCAGCAUCCUGGUCGCACUCCGGUAAUCGUGGACACUCUCUUCGAGCGCUCUAGACGCAGCCUCGACCUACUAAAAGUAUGCGCGUCUAUGCGAUGGUCAUCGCUCGAGGUAGGCUGGGCAGAACGGCAGCUAGCUGCCUUUCUUCUCUGGACAUCAAGUAUCGGUGUCUUCGCACAAGGUACAGUAUCGGCAGAUCAUCGCCUACGGGGACACCAAGAUAUUCGGUUACUUCUUGAAGAUCUACUCGAAUCUCUGGAAACAAGUUUGGAGCAAUUACAAUCUCAAUCUCAAGCCCAGACAACAAUGCCGCAUUCUGAUAGUGCGGUCAAUGCCAGCUCACAUAGAGUACGGGAUUCUGGGCCACAGAUUUCCAUUUCUCAGCUAACGGAGAGUGUGGAAAUGGCAAUAAGCUACCUCACAACGCUUGCAAUAUCCAUUCGGAAAUCAGGUACACAGUAUCGGGAUCGUCGGGCUGAGCGUUUUGCAGAGAAUAGCCCAGAGUUCAAAACCACAAAAGAUGAUAUGUACGACUUUCUCAAAUCAAUACGCAUGUCAGGAAUUUUCAGAGACCACAAAUCGACCACAGAAGAAAUCGCAAGGGAUCUCAAGCUGGACAGUCCCUUAUUUGAGCGACUUGUUGACUGCAACAUGAAGCGCUGGAGUCAAUUCAUAUACGCCAGGCACCACGACAAAUCACUAAGUGCAAUUACUCCUAAUCCAAAUUCACAACACGCUGAGCAUCGCAAUGCUCCAACAGGAGAAUCUGUUGUCGAUCAAGUUUCAUCAGGGGUCUCAAAGAUCAACCUCGAAGGAGUGGUUGAAAAUUCUACCCCAGUAGAGUCGGACGGUACCAUAAUUUCAAGACUAAGUACAGCAGCAACUCCAAUCGAAAAAGGGCUCUUUCAGUCAACAUUACCGGCUAUUGGCGAGGAUCGUUCCGAAGUUCUUAUUCCGAAUAUUGCAGGCUCAUUUAUUGCGGGCAGAGUGAGGCUGAAGUAUCCACCACCUCCAAAAACGGCGGCUUCGUCGAAGCAUUUUCAGUGCUCUUGCUGUCGGCAAUUGUUACCGGUGGAGUUUGCCGAGCAGGAGAAUUGGAGAAAGCAUGUUAAAUCUGAUCUCAAGCCUUACGUUUGUCUCCUGGAAAAAUGCUUGCAACCUAAUGAAACAUUUACUGACACGAAAGCCUGGCUUUCGCAUAUGGAAACAGAGCACAAUAAGACAAUUGUACGAUGGGCUUGUAAUGCUAAACAUGACUCACCAGCAGUCUUCCCAUCUGAACAAGAGUUCGUCAGCCACAUGAAGGACAUGCAUCCCAAAGUGGCAACAAAGUCUCAGCUUCCAAUAAUCACGAAAAGAAGCGGCAAACCUGCGGCUCAGAUGUUCAUCAAUUGUCCUCUGUGUGGUUGGUUACCGGGUUUUGAUCCAAAUCGAGCUGGGUCGGGAAAGGAGCAAGGUGGAAAGGAUCCCCAAGAUGAAGCCAAUGCAAUGAGAGAGAAAAGCAAGCUCAAUAAACAUAUUGCUGAGCACCUUCAAGAUAUCGCCCUACGAUCUUUGCCCGAAGAAGCUUUCCCUUCUGAGCAAGAUUCGAUAGGAUCUGUUACGUCCUCAAACUCUUCUACAGGGUCGAAUGCGACAGAUCUGGAUAUCACAACCAGUGAAGUAGACUUCCUGAGCCGGCAGGCUCUGGAAAUUGAUGGCAGUGCUCCUGAUCACCUUCUCGAACAGAACCCAGAGAAAAUUCUCGAUGAAAAGCUACCUGCUACACAACCGUCUAGGAACAGCUACUGGGGUUGGCUAUUUACUGCACUCACAAAGAUCCAGCUUACCAGGCCCGAGUUACCAAACCCAUUCAUGUGUCCUCACCUUGAGCCCCUUCAGUUCAUUGACCGCCCUGUGCUGUUCCGGAAGCUGCUCACUGCGCUCCGAUUAUCGGGCGCAAGGGGAAACCCCGGGUUUCAAACACUUUGUCUACUCACAGGACCGGUGGGGAGUGGGAAAACCGAACUUGCCACCAAGUUCGUUUACAGGCUGCGUCGUUACGACCGAAAUAUCUCGAUUUUCUGGGUUUCUUCUCCCUCUUACCUUGACAUGGUAUUCAUUAGCCGGUCCAAAUUUUUCUCUGAAAUUGCUCACGCGUGCUGGCUACCUUCUGACGAGGAAGAAUAUGUCCGACAGUGGCUUAGUCGAGAAGGAAAUGGAAGAUGGCUCAUUGUCAUGGAUAUUAAUGAGGAGCUAAAGCGUCAUAGUCCCGAGGAUGUACGACAGUUCAUUCCAGCUUGCGCACACGGUUCGGUUCUUCUUCUGACGACAUCUUCAAACCCUGUCCUUGAACAAGUUGCCCAAACGACAAGCAAAGAAGUUCUAUCAGAUUCGGUUCUAAACUUCACCGGGUUAGGGUUGACAUCAUCAAAACCCCAUCCAAAAGUGUCAGAAAAGGAAGUGUUCAUUGAAGAAAUGACCAUUUCGGAGUCUCACGCAUUUGUAAACAGUAUGGCAUCUUACGAGCUUUAUGAGGAACGUGUAGCGCAAGUAGUCUAUGCUACGAAGCCGAGGUUACCACGGGAUUUGAUAUCUGCAGCAAAUGCAGCAUGGACUGUCUGGUAUACGAAGUCGAGGCAAAUGACGAGAGAACAGGAGGAGAUCACCAGGCUUGGUUUGACGAAUGCUGCCAGCUCGAGCAAGAUGAGUAUAGAACAACAGGAAAACGCAAAUUUGGGUUUAGUUUCGAACCACCCAGAGAACGAUCAUGAUGUUCUUGCAAGCGAUCAAUCUCCCAUCGGCCACACAGCUCUUGGGGCCCUCGAAAAUGUAUCAACUGAGGCGGAAGCUCUUGCCAAUGCUACCGUUGACAAAGAUAUCUCCUCCUCUCAGGUCGGUGGCCUGCGCCGACCCAGGGCGUUGCGCUCUCACCGCAGCGAGGGAAAUGACAACCCUGCUCCGCCCAGAACCGAAAGGAGCUAUCGAACCAUCGGCAACAAAAGUGCUGGGCCGUCUCGCAGUGCUGCAUCGUCAUUCCUGAGCACGUUCAGCCCCGACGACAAACCGACCCCCGAGAUCGAUGCCGAGGGUCAGGAAGUUGGAGAUGGCUAUGUGCUUGGAAAGCAGAUAGGAUAUGGUGGGUAUAGUAUCAUCAGAGAAGCUACGCAUCUGGACGCAGGACAAUUUCGCAGAGUUGCAGUGAAGAUUGUCCGCACCAGAAUCACUGACGUUCCAGCAGAGGAUAACGAGAAGAUUCAAUUCCAGCUUGGUUAUGAGGUUGAGUUAUGGCGAUUCAUUGAUCACCCCCACCUUCUUCAAUUGGAUGCGGUGUAUGAGCUCGAUGAAGCUUGGUUCUGCAUUAUGCCACUUAAUCAAGGAGGGGAUCUCUCUGAUAUCGUCAGGGCACACCGAGAAGGCAUCACUUUGACACAUGCACAGAGCUAUAGCUUUCAACUCGCCUCAGCACUGAGAUAUCUGCAUGACGAGCUCAAGAUCGUGCAUCGCGAUGUCUGUCUAAGCAAUUGUCUCGUUCAAAGUGCCCUUGCCGACAAGCCUGGGCUCCUUCGACUUUGCAACUUCGGCUUGGCGAGAUGGACAGAGAAACCGGCUGAGGGCUAUCCUCAGAGGCCUAACAUGGCUGCCGCUCUUUAUACUGAAGGAAAUUUGGAUUUUGCAGCGCCUGAGCUGCUCAAAGCGUUGUCGGCAAGAAGCAGUCCUAUAAUAUCACCAAAACUCGACGUUUGGGCAUAUGGCGUUUGCAUUUAUUCAAUGGUUGUCGGAAGCUUACCAUUUCAAAAUACCUUUCAACCACGCCUUUUGAUGGCAAAUUUGGCAGGCGAUUGGGACAGAAAGCUACUGACAGAGAGAGGCGGAGACGACUGCUUUGAGCUUGUCAAAUAUUGCCUGGCGGCGGCUCCUAUGGAGCGGUGGAAUAUGACUGAUGUCCUGGCUUGUCUUUGGUUAGAUCUGCCGGACUCCUUGAGGGGAGUUGAGCAGAUAAUGAGUUCCUCACCAGAAGCAGCUUUCGACGUUUCCCCAGGCGCACAUACUGUCGAUUCGGACGAUUCUAGACGCAGAAAUGAAAGUAUUAGUGUGCUGUCCAACGCAGGGAUUUCGGUAACGAAUGAGAGUACGUCUACUGCACUGCUUCAAGGUUCAGGCCGACUUGACCCGCAAUAUGAGCGCCGUCCGUCAUCAUUUUACAAAAUUGGAGCUGUCUUCUCUGCGUUAGCACACGCCGAAACAAGUUUCGAUCAGCCUAAGACUUAUAAAGGCUAUGCUAGCAACCAACAGGUUCUGACGAAAGGUAAAUAUGGUCAAAGUAUCUAUAGUUACGUCAGGCGAAUGGUGGUAGUUCGCGAAGGACACAGCUUCUGUGUUUGCAUUCCGAUCAAUACAUACACUGGAAGAGGCCUGAAUAAAUUUAGGAAUGCUCACGGUGUGGUAGAUCAAGAAGAGGUCAACAAUCACUCCAUAAUCCAUAUGUCCGAUACCGAGCCUUGUUAUCUCAGCGGUGAGCCUGGGACGAACAAGAACGCGAUCUCAGUGCGCAAGGCAGCUCCCAGUCAGAGACUAGGAGUAGACAGCAGAUUAUGCUAUUCACAGCCAUCAACAGUUGAGCAUAAUAUUACUUCGAUGCAUGUCGGACAAGUCACGCAGGAAUGCCUGGGCGACCUGAUCCAGUACUACAGGGCGGCCCAGGGGCAUUAG